AGCUGACCAUUGCCCGGCUUCCCUUGGCUAUGGACACCCCUGKCUAUCCUUCACUGGUGCCCACGACCUCGGACCCGGGGAACACCUCCUUGUCCUGGCUCCUGGAUGUCACUGCGGGCAACGCCUCCUYGGGCCCUGGCCCUGCAGGGCUGGCCGUCAGCGGUGUUUUGAUCCCUCUGGUCUACCUGGUGGUGUGCGUGGUGGGGCUACUGGGCAACUCGCUGGUCAUCUACGUGGUCCUGCGGCACACGGCCAGCCCGUCGGUCACCAGCGUCUACAUCCUCAACCUGGCACUGGCUGACGAGCUCUUCAUGCUGGGGCUGCCCUUCCUGGCCGCCCAGAACGCCCUGUCCUACUGGCCCUUUGGUUCCUUCAUGUGCCGCCUGGUCAUGGCGGUGGACGGCAUCAACCAGUUCACCAGCAUCUUCUGCCUCACKGUCAUGAGCGUGGACCGCUACCUGGCCGUGGUGCACCCCGCGCGCUCCGCCCGCUGGCGCACAGCGCCCGUGGCGCGCACGGUCAGCGCGGCCGUCUGGGUGGCCUCGGCCGUGGUGGUGCUGCCCGUGGUGGUCUUUUCGGGCGUGCCGCGGGGCAUGAGCACCUGCCACAUGCAGUGGCCSGAGCCGGCGGCCGCCUGGCGGGCGGGCUUCAUCAUCUACACGGCGGCGCUCGGCUUCUUCGGGCCGCUGCUGGUCAUCUGCCUGUGCUACCUGCUCAUCGUGGUGAAGGUGCGCUCGGCGGCGCGCAGGGUGCGGGCGCCCUCGUGCCCGCGGCUGCAGGCGCCCUCGUGCCCGCGGCGGCGGCGCUCGGAGCGCAGGGUCACGCGCAUGGUGGUGGCGGUAGUGGCGCUCUUCGUCCUCUGCUGGAUGCCCUUCUACGUGCUCAACAUCGUCAACGUGCUGUGCCCGCUGCCCGAGGAGCCCGCCUUCUUCGGCUUGUACUUCCUGGUGGUGGCGCUGCCCUAUGCCAACAGCUGUGCCAACCCCAUCCUCUACGGCUUCCUCUCCUACCGCUUCAAGCAGGGCUUCCGCAGGGUCCUGCUGCGGCCGUCCCGCAGAGUGCGGAGCCAGGAGCCCGCCGGCCCCGAGAAGACGGAGGAGGACGAGGAGGAGGAGGGAGAGGAGGGCGGGGAGGAGGAGGAGCGGGGAGGGAGGAAAGGCCAGGAGAUGAACGGCAGGGUCAACCAGGUGGCGAAGCCCGGCACCAGCAGGCAGGAGCAGCUGCCCGGCAGAGCGGCCAGCAAGGAGCAGCAGUUCCUGCCCCAGGAGCCCUCGGUGGGGGAGAAGUCUAGUACCCCACACAUCAGCUACCUGUAAGG